AUGGAUUUCGAUGAUAAUAUGACGUUCUUGACCACUUGGCUCAAUAUGGGAGUCCAUUGCACUCUAUGUCAAACUAUGGGUCAUGACUAUGACAACUGUCACAAUCCACCAAAAGAAACUUACUUGUGCUAUGGCUGCCAUCAGGUUGGCCAUUUUUGCUCUAAAUGUCCUCGUGCUGCUGAAGUGGACAACCCAUACAAAUGGGAUUACAAGGCGAACUUAGUUGAUAGGGAAACACUCCCUGCUGAUGAUCUCAUGCUCACCAUUGACAACUUGGCAGAGGUGGAGACAUACUUUGAGAAAAACUGCGAAGACGACUCUAUGAAGGGUAUUGAAGAAACUAUCCUCCAAUAA